AUGUCAAUGGUAGCUGCUGGUGUUGGGAAACUUGUGGAAGAUGGAAAGCUUCAGUGGACAACACUCUUGAGAGAAAUAAUACUCGAGAUUGAUCAUACUGGUGUCUACUGGACCCACACAGCCACAAUAGCUGAUAUUCUAGCGCAUCGCUGCGGGUUGGAUGGAGAAAUUGCAACAUUACUAGCCGACGGUGGAAAUAGCAACACACAACCAUGUCUCGAAGAGUUCUUGAAAAAUAUCGACCGCAUUCCUCACCCACUCCCGCACCGUGAGAGCUGGUUGAUGGAUCCGUGGGGAUACACGAUUGCUGCGCACAUAAUCGAGCAUAUAUCUGGGCAGCCACUUCACGAAUAUCUCCAGGAUGAGGUAUUCCGGCCACUUGGGAUGACCUCUACCACUUUGCGACCCUCGUUUAAAGGGAGCAACAACGUCGCUGAACCACAUGCUUCACUUAGCAACGGGAAGGCUUGCCCAUUAGAAUUUCAACCCAAUUUUGCGAAUACGUUAUUCGAAGGUUCACGCGGAGCUUAUUCGACCGUGAGUGAUCUUCUCAUAUGGACCAGGGAAACAUUGGCUGCGAGCCAGAAUACCACGGCACCCAACAACACAGUCUUGAAACAGAUUCCACACAUAAUUAGCAACCAUAUCGCAAUGAAGAAUCCAUCGUUGUUGGAACGAUCGUACGGAUUUGGCUGGGCGAGAGCACAGCUUCCUGGAGUCGUGGGCCUGCUCGGUGGAAACUCAAGACUUUGGGAUAUGUCUGAGCAACCUGUAUUCGGGGUUGGAAACCAGUCUAGGCUCAUGGUUUACCACCAAGGCGGAGGGCCGGGAUACUCUUCAUUCAUUGCUAUCUUCCCUGAGACACAGUCAGCUGUGGUAGUCCUCAUGAACACCACUGCGGUGAGCGAUGCUGCUGACUGGAUUGCCCGACUCCUGAUCGAGGGCCUCUUCGACGUCGCCAGCCCCACCGAUUAUGUGAAACUCACAGAAGAAGCUAAAAGAAAAACACUUGAACGAUUUGCUACACUACAUAAUAGGUUGGCCGAGGAGCGAAUUCAAGGAGCACCGCCACUGCCCCUUACAUGCUACGUCGGCAAGUAUGACAAUAAGGACUAUAAGUACAGGCUAGAAAUCACCCUCAGCCCGGAGUCAGAAAGCGACCUUAUGAUUUCCUUCCGAGGUCUAAAGUCAAAGCCCUACCCACUCCGGCACUACCAUGACCACGUCUUUGAGUGGAGUAUGAGCUUUGAUGAAGUCAGGAAGAAUGGGAGGUAUGAUAUCACAGAUCCUUCAUACUAUAAGAUUCGCUUCGAAAUCUACCCCGACAACCGAGCGUCUCGGAUAAUUUGGAAUAUUCACGAAGCCUCAGUCCCAGGCGGAUUGGCAUUUGAGUGGAAGGAUGAACGUCUUGCGGAAGCAUGGCGUGCAGUACAUGCUGGUAUGAAAGACUUCGUUUCGAACACGAUGCAUCGGAUUCGCUAUUGA